UUUGCAUCAAUGAUUAUGCAGCUUGUUUCCGUGCGUGUCGUACGUAAAUUCUUAUCUAAUACGAAUGUUUCCGAGUAAGAAUAUAGGUCCGUUAUAUUCCGGAGCGUCAUUCGUUAAAAACGAUCGAUUUCAUUGGCCGCUUUUGACCACGUGACGUCGUAUUGUGCGCAUUAUGACGUUGUCACUAUAACAACGUCACGGAAGCUGUAAACAGUAACCGUGCACACCAGCGCUGUAAUAAAACAAAAAAUCGAAAGAUUUGUUGUUUUAAUCGCUUAUUUAAACAUAUUUCGCUCAAAGUUUUUGACAAAUGACUCGUCCCGCCUGGGUACCGAGCAGACUAGCAGAACGCCAUCUUGAGGGGCAUUAUGCAGGCGUUGUUACGAGAGGACAAGCCCGAGAAAUAGAUACACGUCCCCGUAACCGUCUGCGCAGCCGACUAAGCAUCAGACGGCCCGACACGCAGCCUCGACAGCCACUUCCGGUCCAGCAACACUGGACCACAACUCAACGCAUGCUGCACAGGAUGAACGACAGGCGCCCAGCUCGAAAUGUCGAACACGAAUCAAUGGUCCUCAGAAAUCGGGCCAUACCGAGCCAGUUUCAUACGCGAGGAAAUGACGUCGCAAAUACCGGAAGUCGACCAAGGAACCAGCCGAAAAUAAAGCGUUUGGUGCGCAGGAAUGCUUCCGAUAUGAAUUGCGCAGCUCGCAUGCGCACGAGAUCUUUUGCCAUAUCAUUUGGAAGCGUUCGGUCAUCGCGCUCAAAUACUACUCGGAUGAAAUGUGUGAAGCGGUCAAACCAAGGCACGAGUGCCUACGAUCACCCCUCAACGUCACGACAAGGAACUGUGACGACGUCACGGGUGAUGACGUCAUUACAAACGCUGCCAGGACCCUCGGGAUCUCAGGGCCCUGCUGUUGAGAAUGCUGAGCGCAGACCAUACUGGCGUCCUGACCUGGACAGAGCAGGAAGUUCCUCAACGUCACAUGAAAGCCUGCAUUCCGAGAAUCACUCAGACGCUUUCAACAGAAACUUGGUCGCAAGCGUUGGGCGGAAUCGAGAAUUUGGUCGCGAAUCUGCACGGUUUGUGCGCACCACCAGAGUUGUUCCGGAGGAGGUGAGAGCCCGUAAUCGGAACCAGACACGUCAAACUCGCGCGGAGGCUAGAUUCCGUGCCCGAAAUCUAUCCUACGAAGCAGACGACGAAGCGAGCGAGAAUGAAGACAUCGAAAACGGAAGUGAGGUCAUAGCGCGUGCCGCGCGAGAGCGAGGCCAUCAAACACGGCGCAUGCGCACAAGGUUUGCCCGUCGACAUUAAAAUCAUGUUGAUGGGCCUAUAGAAGGAUGGAUGUCGCGGAUGAGAAUGCAUUGUCUUCGCGUAAGCCGACAUUCACCUUGACAAUCGCAGUUAUUAACGUAGACAAUGGAAAAAGAACACACAAAAUAACAUUUGAUAGAACAGAAACAAAUGGAGAACAUUUGUCGCGAUAACACGACCGUUAAUCACGGGUGAUACAUGUUUGUUUAGAAGCAUACAUAAAAGAGCAAAUGCUAUUUUAGGGAUGGCGCGCAGGACCGGACGUGUUGAAUAUACACGUACAAUUUUACAGGAUGAGUAGGUUUUAUAUGUUUUUUUUCAACAUAUUAAGGUUUUUUUUAAUCGGGCGAUCUAGAACGAUUCAUCGAAGAAUAAUUCUUCCACAAAUGUACAAAAACAUAUAACCACAAACCAUUUGAAAACGUGAGGACCUUAAUAAGUUUUACCAUGGUGGAAUUUUAAAAAGCAAAUCGAUUUUUUUUGCCUGUGUGGCAAGCUAAUUUCCACACAAUUUAAUCGUUAACGACAUCAAACGAUUUCUUUAAACACAUACAAGUCGCUGCAUUCACAAACAAAUUGACUUCUUGCCGAUGUAAUAGAUAAUUUUGCAUGCUUCUAAAAGAGUUGGAGCCGACGCCAAGGAGGUAUCGUUAAGACCAGGAGGUGGCUUCCAUGCACGAUACAUGGUAACACAGUUUUUUAACAAUUAUAUCAUCACAUGACUUAAAUUUGAUAAAAAGUUUUCCUUAUUUAUGUGAUUUUUUAUGUUUUAGCGUAAAUACGUAAUCACUCAUUUAUACAGAAUAAUCAGAUGUUCUAUAAAAUAUAAUAUGUAAAUAUUUAAUUAUAUAUGACAUCAACUCCGUUAAGAAUUCAGCUACUUAAAUAACACAGAUGGAAUGAUUUAUAUUCAAAAUGUGUAAUAUUCAAUAAAUAAAAUUACUUCAGACCCAACAUUGUCAAAAUAGUUCAUGCACAACACACUUGUAUAUAUAAUAAUAUUAUUCCCGAUAAAAGAUAUUACUUCUGAUUGAAACGAUUAGUUUCGACCCAUAAUCCAAAUAAUUAUUCACUCAAAGGCAUAAUUCAACGAAUAAAAAAGAUUAACGAAUAAGACCGACCUAUGCUUUUUUAACUGUAAAUGGAAAGAAAUAUCAUAUUUUAGCAUAAUGAGGAUUCGUUUCAUCGCGCCUUUAAUUGAAAUAACAAUUCGCAUUAUGAGACAAAACUCAUCGUUCCAAGUAGAAGUAACCUCAUUUCUCGUGAAUUACCUCAGUGUUUGAACAAAUCUGUUGUACUAGUUUUUAAAUGUUGGCUAUUUAGUUAUUUGAUUUAUUUGGUAUAAGCUUUGUUGUUUAUAUAUCGUACAAUCUGUUUUAUUCAGAUAUCUAUUCUUCCUAACUGAGUUGGUUCCUUAUGUAUUUAAAUAUUUACAUCUCAUUUUUUACAGAACGCGUAUAUGUUCUGUAUACAUUUGAGUUUAUAAAUUUGCGUUGGAAAAAAAUCGUAUAAAAAAGGAAACAUUAUCUGUCAAAUUUAGUUCAUAUGAUGAUCUUAUUGUGAUACGACUGUUAAAUCAUACAUCGUGCAUUGAGGCCAACUGUGGUUCUUAGCGCAACCUCCUUGGCAUGGGCUCCAUCUCUUUUGAAGGGAUGCAAAAUUAUCUAUUACACAGGCAAGAAGCCAAUUUUGUAAUGAAAUCAGCAAACUGUUUAUGUUUCAGUAAUCUUUUGAUAUCGUUAGCGAUUUAAUUUGGUUUAAUUCGCUCGUCGCAUAGACAAAAAUGAUUUAUUUUAUUGAAAACCCCCACCAUGUCAAAACUUAUAAAGUUACUCGCGUUUUCAAAUGGGUUGAGAUUAUAUGUUUAUGUACAAUUGUUGAUGAAUGUAUCUUCCGCGAAUCGAACUACAUUGCCCGAUUGUUGAAAUAACGCGAAAUCUGUUGAAAACAAAACAUAUAAAACCUACUCACCCUGUAGAAUUAUCCGUGUAUAUUUAAAACAUCCUGCCCUUAGCGCCACCUCGGAAGUAGCAUUGGCUCGUUGAAAUAAAGCCUCUACAAAAAGAGUAGGCGCCCGUGAUUAACGGCCGUGGAUUAUUGCUUGACGCAAUGUGUCUCGGUUAUAGACGUUAAAAUUGCUUCGAACAAAUAAUACAAAAGAAAAAAAAACGAUUCCAUAUGUUUCUCUUUUUGACUAGACCAUGGUCAAAACCAAAGCAUAGAAAAAAACAAGGUCAUAUGUCGCGGUAUUUAACCUGGACAAUAUCAAAGAAUAACAAUAAAAAAACAAAAAAUCAGGUAUAUGCACGUAGACUAUUGACAUGAACAAGGUAUAGGAAAGAAAACACAUGUUAGCAGUUGCAGUUUUGUCAUGGAUAAUUGUAAGAACAAAUGAUAAAAAAGAAAAACACGCGGCCUUGUGUCGUGGAUAUUGACGUGAACGAUCGCAAAGAAAAAAGACACGAAAGAACAAACAACGAGCCAUGUGUCGUGGCUGUUGAGAAUGGCCAAGAAUGACGGAUAGAAAAAAACUAUCUGUCAAUUUUCUUUGGACAUAAUCGGUGCAAUCAGUCGCAGUUAAUGACCUAGACAAUCGCCAAAUUCAAAUGUGGCCAAAAAAGUUGAAGGAUUCGAAAUAUUGCACUUAAAGAUAUUUAUGAUCUCGAUUAAGAUGACAUCGCUACCUUACUUAGUUACAAGUUCAAGUCGCUAUAGCAUGUUGAGAGAUGAAACAAUUCAAGAAGAUCGAAGAUACGAGUUUUCGAGUUCUUCCAGCAGAAUGGCGUACUGCUAUAUUCUUACGGAACGGAAACUGUUGUCGAAUUUGGUAACUCAGUGUUCCAAAAGACAAACGUUAAGAACAAUGGCUGUUAUUACUCAGUACGGUCAGCCUAAAAAACUUUGCUUUGCAAACCUCAAAUAUUUUUUAAGUCUUCUUCGUUGCAUGUUUUGCCUUAUUUGUAGGUCAUAAAUCAUUACAGUACAAUUCCA